ACCUUUCUCACAACCAAACCCCUCUCCCCCCUACUUGGUUUUGUUUCUUUGUGCUAUUUUGGUGGUCUCAUUGUGGUCAAUUUGAGAGAGGGGUUUGUUUGUAUCAACCUAAAAGAAAGUCAUUCAUGGCUAAGUUUGCACCUAUCUUCAUCUUUGCUCUCAUUGCCAUUUCCAUGCUUCAAACCUUGGUGAUGGCAGCUCGUGGCCAAGGAGGUCACCACUAUGAUCAGAAACAUUAUGGCCCUGGGAGUCUCAAAAGCUCCCAAUGUCCAUCACAAUGCACGAGGAGAUGCAGCAAGACUCAAUAUCAUAAACCAUGCAUGUUCUUCUGUCAGAAGUGUUGCAGAAAGUGCCUAUGUGUGCCCCCAGGUUAUUAUGGUAACAAGCAAGUCUGCCCCUGCUACAACAACUGGAAGACCAAGGAGGGAGGCCCCAAGUGCCCUUAAACAAAUAGUAAUCAAAGCCAUUGAAGCAACGAUCUUUUUCUGGCUCUAUUAUAUAAACUUAAUGUAUUUCUCUGUAUUGUGGAAAAAGCCACUUCUUCAGGACUGGUUCCUUGAAAUGUAAGCGGCUCAUCUAUCAUAUUAUCAAUGAAAUUUCUUGUUCCGAUA